UCAUAAGAACAAACGAUUGCUGACGACCAAGGAAAUAUGCUGAUCCAUUAGUUUGCGGGCAAGGGGAGUAAAAUUUUAAUUAAAAUAUGCUUUUCAAAGUUAAUACUUUAUUGAACAUUUUCAUGAGCAAAACCAUCUUAAUGCCUCUAGUUUUCAUUUUAAAUAAAACUGGAACGAUUUAAGUUCCGCGUUUGAGGGGGGGGAAUAAAAAUUCGGGAGGCGGGAGGUGCCCAAAGGAGCGCCUGUGGGGAAGCCACCCCAACAUGCCGGGAAUUUUCCAGGCCUAAGCAACUCUCCGCUCACCGGCGCCGAGUUGAACAAGUCUGAGCCCGAAGCGGAAUUUUACGGCCGAGCUGGAACGGAGGCGGCGGCGGCGGCGGCAGGAGCGGCAGCUGCAGCGGGAGGGGCUGGCAGGGACCCACCGCCCUUCCUCUUCAGACUCCCGUCCCCGGCCCGGUUCGCUCUCCGCCCGGCGGGUUUGUGGCCUGAGGAGCAGGCGGCUCCAGCAACAGCAGCACCGGUAUCUUCCUUCCGCAUUUCCCUGGGUCUCUCUCGGGCAAGUGACGUGACGUACUGACGGCGGCCCGGCCCGGAGAGCUUGGCCGCUUCCACUCAGCUCGGAGCUCGGCCCCUCCCUCCCCUCCGCUCCCGCCCGCCCCGCCGCAGCGACACUACCACCGAGCUCGGCCCAGCUACGCGAAGAGAGGCCGCCCAGAGCCCGUCGCCGCCCCGUCCGACUUUGUGACUGAUGAAAGUUAAAGACCAUGGAUGAAGAUGGGCUUGAACUACAGCCACAUGAUCCACAUGCAUUUUUUGAUCCAACUGGUGCUGAUGGAACACAUCUGAAUGGAGAUGAAAUUGUAGUAGAAAUACAGGAAACUGUAUAUGUGUCAGAUGUGGAGGAUUCUGACAUAACCGUUCAUAACUUUGUCCCUGAUGAUCCAGAUUCUGUAGUUAUCCAGGAUGUCGUUGAGGAUGUUGUUAUUGAAGAUGUUCACUGUCCGGAUAUCAUGGAAGAUACAGAUGUAUCUCAAACUGUUAUUAUACCUGAACCAGUGCUGGACACUGAUGUCACUGAAGAAGUGUCUUUAGCACACUGCACUGUUCCUGAUGAAGUUUUAUCCUCUGAGAUUGCAGCAACAGCAAUGUCAGUACCAGAGCAUGUACUUACAAGUGAGUCAGUGCACAUACCUGAAGUUGGACAUAUGGAACAUGUAGUUCAUGAUCAUAAUAAUGUGGUAGAAGCAGAAAUUGUUGCAGAUUCUCUGGAAGAGGAUGUAGUUUCAGAAGUAUUAGUGGCAGACUGUGCCUCUGAAGCAGUAAUUGAUGCCAGUGGGAUACCUAUGGGACAUGAUGAUGACAAGGGCAACUGUGAAGAUUAUCUAAUGAUUUCCUUGGAUGAUGCUGUCAAGACAGAAAAUGACAGUUCUGGGGAAAUAACUAUAAAAGCUGAGUCAGAAAGUGAUCCUUGUAAAAUGGAUGGUAUUUGUCCAGAAGUCAUCAAAGUCUACAUUUUCAAAGCUGAUCCUGGAGAAGAUGAUUUGGGAGGCACAGUAGACAUUAUGGAAAGUGAAUCUGAAAAUGACCAUGGGGAGACAUUAAUUAAUCAAAAUAGCAGUGUUCGAAUUCCAAGGGAAAAAAUGGUUUAUAUGACAGUAAAUGAUUCUCAGCACGAAGAUGAAGAUUUAAAUGUUGCAGAAAUUGCUGAUGAGGUCUAUAUGGAAGUCAUUGUAGGAGAGGAGGAUGCUGCAGCUGUUCAUGAGCAGCAAAUUGAUGACAGUGAAAUUAAAAGCUUUAUGCCGAUUGCCUGGGCAGCAGCCUAUGGUAAUAACACUGAUGCAGUUGAAAACCGGAAUGGUACAGCAAGUGCCCUCUUGCACAUAGAUGAAUCUCCUGGUCUUGGGAGAUUAGCAAAACAAAAACCAAAGAAAAGGCGGAGGCUGGAACCUAGACAAUACCAAACAGCAAUAAUAAUUGGGCCUGAUGGUCAUCCUUUGACAGUCUAUCCCUGUAUGAUUUGUGGGAAGAAGUUUAAAUCCAGAGGCUUCUUGAAAAGGCACAUGAAAAAUCACCCCGAGCACCUUCUUGCCAAGAAAAAAUACCGAUGCACUGACUGUGAUUACACUACAAAUAAAAAGUUAAGUUUGCAUAACCAUCUGGAGAGCCACAAGCUUACCAACAAAACUGAGAAGUUAAUUGAAUGUGAUGAAUGUGGGAAAAGUUUCUCUCAUGCAGGAGCUUUGUUUACUCACAAAAUAAUGCACAGGGACAAGGCGGCGAAUAAAAUGUACAAGUGCAAAUUUUGUGAAUAUGAGACAGCAGAGCAGGGAUUACUGAAUCGUCAUCUUCUGGCUGUACACAGCAAAAACUUUCCUCAUAUCUGUGUGGAAUGUGGCAAAGGAUUUCGGCAUCCAUCAGAACUCAAGAAACACAUGCGAAUCCACACUGGUGAAAAACCCUACCAGUGCCAGUACUGCGAGUACAGGUCUGCUGACUCUUCCAACUUGAAAACUCAUGUAAAGACAAGGCACAGUAAGGAAAUGCCUUUCAAAUGUGACAUUUGUUUUCAGAUAUUUUCAGAUACCAAAGAGCUGCAACAGCACAUCAUUAUGCAUCAAGAAAGCAAAACGCACCAAUGUCUGCACUGUGACCACAAAAGCUCAAACUCAAGUGACUUAAAACGGCACAUAAUUUCCGUUCACACAAAAGAGUACCCCCAUAAGUGCGACAUGUGUGACAAAGGCUUUCAUAGGCCAUCAGAACUGAAAAAACAUGUUGCUGUGCACAAAGGCAAAAAAUUGCACCAGUGCAGACAUUGUGACUUUAAAAUUGCAGAUCCGUUUGUGCUAAGCCGCCAUAUUCUCUCAGUUCACACAAAAGAUCUUCCGUUCAGGUGCAAGAGAUGUAAGAAGGGUUUCAAGCUACAAAUAGAACUCAAAAAACACAUGAAAACACACAGUGGUAGAAAAGUUUAUCAGUGUGAGUACUGUGAGUAUAGCACUACAGAUGCCUCAGGUUUCAAGCGGCAUGUGAUUUCCAUUCAUACAAAAGACUACCCCCACCGUUGUGAGUUCUGUAAGAAAGGUUUCCGAAGACCUUCAGAGAAGAACCAACAUAUUAUGAGGCACCAUAAAGAUGUUGGCUUGCCAUGAGGACUCCUCUAGAUGUUAUACAUUUGGGGAUGGUGUGUGUAAAAUGUUGCUCUCUAGACAGUCAUAUUUUAAAGAGGAUCACACAAACACAAUACUGUGCAUUUGAUUUUAGUGCUGUAUACAGAUAAGAUUAUUGCUUCUAGUUGACUUUUAUACAUUUUGUUCAUUAGUGUGUUUUGAAUUCUCUUCUGUUUGUUUAAUAAACAAGGAAGGAUGGCAACAAUAAAGUUGCAUUGAAUAAAGUAAACCCUGUCUCAUACUGAAUUUUUCAACCAUAUUCUCUGAAAUAUUUACCUUACUGACAUUGUUCAUAGUGGCAAUACUAAUUCAGUUUUGUCAUGAGUUAAAAAGAUUUUUAAUUUGCUCUUAAUAAAGAUGUCAUAGAUGUGCAUAAAAUAAUCUGGGAGAAAUUAAUGUCAAAAGACAGCAUUGUAUCAUAGGACCCAUUUAACAAUCUCAUUUAAAGAACUUGUGACAUGCUAAUAUUCAUUUGAGUAGUUAUGCACCAUAACAGUACCACUUUCCAUUAUUUGAGGUUAUUUUAAGUAGCAUUUAAUAUUUCCACAAUGAGUAAGGAAUUUGUUGCUGUGAGCAUUCUCCUUCAAUAGGUGUGAAUGUUAAAGGAAAACUUGAGGCACUACUCUAAGUAUUAAUUGUAUGCUUCUCUGUCUUUGGUUCUGUAUUAAAAGUGUAUUUGCAUUUUGAAACUUGUAACUGACUCAUUGUAGAUAGACAUUUGUUACAGUUGUCGACAAGGAUUGAUUGCCCUAUUGACUGUGGCUAACUUUAUCCCAAAUUAAAUACAUUUUUUACAAGAUUCUAUGAAAUAUUUUGAAAUAUUUGGUAAAUUGGUUUUUAAACUAUUCACCAACAGCCUUGGACGAUUUUUAAUUAUAUGCUAUUUAGAAGGAGAACAUCAGAUCGGUAAGUAAAGAAUAGAAGCAGAUGUGUUUUUAUGAAGCCUUUGUUUUCCUGCAGCUUUUCUUAUGUUACCACUAUUACUUUUUUAGGAAUACAGAAUGUUUCUUAACAGAAUAAUUUGUAAGGAGUGAGCAGUUCUUCAAACCUCUAAUUUAUUAAGCAUGUACCCAGUUCUUCUUGCUAUCAGUUAUACAUUUCUGGAUGUUUCAGUUACCACUCGAGCUGUUGUCUGAAAGCUAUUGAGGUAAAGCUGCAGCAGUCUGUUUCAUGGCAUGCAAGUAGUCCAGAAAUAUACAAAGUUCAAAAGUUUGACUUCCAAAGCACAUUUAGUGGAUUUCAUCCUUCAUAUGGUGUUUUAUAUAUUUGCAUUUUUAUCUCUGCUUUGGUGCACUGGUGUAGUAUAAUGGAAGUGAGCUGCAAGAUCCAAAAGUGCAGUUUUCAUACCAUCGCUUCCUCGCUUUUCAUAUGAGAAACAUCAUUCCCCCAAUAAAUCAGUUGUCAUGUCCUGUGCUACCAGGCCAGGUGAUACAGUCUGUCCGUUCCUUCUAAUAUGCCAGUAUUUUCAAGCUGGUUAAUUAGAAAAAUAGAAUGAGUAGUUCAGAUAGCCACAUGUAAACCUAACAUGAAUGUCUAAAUUUGUGCAAAGUGAAAGCUUUCUCUGCUAUGCCAUAUUUAUGUGAAACAGUUUCUAAGCUUUCAGCAUGUAUGGUGCAUGUUCAUAAAACUGCAAAAGUUGGAGAAAUCUGAGAUACAUCAUGCUCAAGACCUUUGAUCCAGCAGUAGCCAUGUGCAAUGGAGCAUGGAGCAUUGCUUGAUAUUGUAGUAAAUUAAGCAGCUCUUGUGGAGUUAUAUAGAGCCCUUCAAACAUAUGGUAUUGUGGUGACUGUGGCUGGAUUGAGGCCUUAAAAGCUUGCUUCUUCAAGUACUUGCACUCACUGAUGCAGAAGUUCUCAAGAUCCAGCCAUCAGCUGAUGAAAUAUGUGUGCCUCUUGUUUUCAGUGAAAUUUUGUCCAAAUUUCCAAACGUCAUCUGCUCUCAAAUAACUUGAAAUCUAUUAAAAUCUUUUACUUCUCCUGAAAUCCCCAGAUUCUUGCUCAAAAGUAUUACCUAUUUUGGAAAAUUAUCUUCUUGAGUAAUCAUUAAAAUUAAGAACACAAAACCUUGACAACUUCCGUUCCCUUCAAUAUUGCCUGCAAUCAUAAACAUUGUUUUGGAGCAUAAUUUUUGAAACUUAACAAAAAACUUAAAAGUUUAGUCCAGUGGAUUUUGUACAAUGUGUCUGUAUAAAGAGCAAAUAAAAAGUGUAGUUACUGUUAAUGUACUGACAUAUGUUACAGGCUAUUUUUAAUUAGCCAGUGCGAUAAAAUUGAUGUUUCAGUUCCAUGUUUUAAAUGGUACUUUAAAAAAAAGAACAUAAUAUAAAUAAUUGUUCUGUUAAAAUGUCUAUUAAAUGCUAUGUCCAACCCUCUGUACACUUUGUAAAAAUGAAAAAGAAAACAAAUUCCAUAAGACUCAUGUAUAGGGAUGUGUGACAUUGUAAUGUGUACUUGAUAAUGUGAAAAAUAAAAAUCAGACUAUUUUCCUGUUAA